CUCUUGGAGAAGAGGACAGUCAGGCGCGGCCCACCCUUGAGCGGCGGCAGGGAAGGGGACCCCAAAUACGGGAACACCCUUCGACAUGGCCCGGAUGCUGUUGCUCAUCUUCAUCACGGUCCAUCCAGGAUCCUGUGCUCUCUGGGUGUCCCAGCCCCCUGAGAUCCGUACCCAGGAGGGCACCCCUGCCUUCCUGCCCUGUUCCUUCAAUGCCAGCCAAGGGAAAUUGGCCAUUGGUUCUGUCACGUGGUACCAGGACAAAGUGGCCCCAGGGAAGGAGGUGAGGAAUGAGACCGCAGAGUUCAGGGGCCGCCUGGCCCCUCUUCCUUCUUCCCGCUUCCUCUGUGACCACCAGGCUGAGCUGCACAUCUGGGACACCCGAGCCCGUGAUGCCGGAGUCUACGUGUGCAGGGUGGAAGUGCUGGGCCUGGGUGUCGGAACAGGGAAUGGGACUCUGCUGGUGGUGGAGAAAGGACCUCCCCAGCUAGCUGCCGGCACAGUCUUCCUCCUUCGGGCCGGGUUCUAUGCCCUCAGCUUUCUCUCAGUGGCCAUGGGCAGCACCAUCUAUUACCAGGGCAAAUGCCACUGUCACAUGGGAACACACUGCCACUCCUUGGAUGGCCUCUGAUGAGUGAUUUCAGACCCCAGUGAUCCCAAGUUC